CGAAAUUCUUUGUACUCGUAAUCAGACGCGAUCCUUGAAAACAUACCUAUCAUGCUACCACCUUGAACUUAUGACCCUAUCACAACAGUCUGACGCGUCCUACGGCUGCUGUGACAACAACUACCUAGGUAAACAAUACUAAGUAAACACCAAGCACAACAAUUCCCCUUUUUAGAAGCCUGAGGCGAAGUCACGUGGUGAUUUUGUCCGGCAAGACUCGUAUCAUAACCCCAGCUGAACAAAUGCUGCUGCCUACUCGAAAUCUCAUAUAUCAUAUCAAAGCAAAACAUCUGAUUUAUACCUAGGUAUUAACUCGAAAUUUCUCUGCACAGAUAUCCAUCCAAAAUGGCCAACACCGCGCCCAAAGUCCCUGCAGAGGAACGUCAAGAGGCGCCGGAGGUCGUUGACAGAAAGGCGGAAGCGCUGGCGAAGCUGAUACGGAAGAGCAAGCACAUGGUGGUCUUCACGGGGGCAGGUGUCUCCACGUCUGCUGGAAUCCCCGAUUUUCGUGGUCCGGACGGGAUAUGGACGCUGAGAGCGCAGGGAAAGCAGCGCGCGGGUGCGGUUAACACGCUGCAAGCGGUGCCGACGCUUACACACAUGGCGCUCGUGGAGCUGCAGAACCGGGGGAUGCUGAAGUAUUUGAUCAGCCAGAACUGCGAUGGCUUGCAUAGGAGGAGCGGGAUCUUGCCAAACAACUUAUCCGAGCUUCACGGAAACAAUACCCGCGAGUCCUGCAAAGACUGCGGAAAGGAGUUUAUCCGCGACUUCCGAGCCGUCGCCUCAUACGAAAAGACCGUGCACGACCACCGCACGGGACGGAAAUGCACGCUCUGCGACGGCGCCCUCCUCGACAGCAUCAUCAACUUCGGCGAGUCUCUGCCCGAGGCUCCCCUGCAGCUCGCCCGCGACCACGGCGCGAGAGCAGACCUCUUCCUCGUCCUCGGCUCCUCGAUCACGGUGACGCCCGCGAACGAGAUCCCCGAGGUAGCGGGCCGGAACCGCGGCGCCAAGCUCGUCAUCUGCAACCUGCAGGACACGCCGCUGGACGGGCUCGCGGACUUGCGCGUCUAUUCGAAGUCCGACGACCUGAUGCUCUGCGUGAUGGAGAAGCUGGAUAUCCCGAUCCCGACGUUCAUCCUCCGGCGCCGGCUGACGGUGCAGAUGGAGACGACGGGGGACGAUAGGCGGCAGCUGAGGGUUUGCGGCGUAGAUGUGGAUGGCACGCCGGUCUCGUUUCUCAGGUCGGUGAAGCUGGAGUAUAAUAGGCGGGUGGCCCGGUCCGAGCCUUUUGUCAUUAACUUCCGUGGUGAUGUUGAGCCGGGGACGGAGCUGGUUCUUCAGCUGGAGUUUAUGGGGAACUACUGUGAACCGGAUCUAAAGAUCAGCCAUGAGUAUAGCGGUGACGAUACGAAAACGCUGUACUUUUUGGAAUAUAAUCCGCAGACUAGGGAGUGGAAGACGAGUACCUAACUACAUAAUGUGGCCUUCCUUCCGGGGAUGAUACAAUUUAUGAACAAUGGACAUGCCAGAUAUCACGUCUCACGC